GAUAACUCUCAAAAACCCUACUGCGAGAAACUCAAAAUACAAAUCCAAACCCCCCAGUUUUCUCUUUUUCCUCUCUUGUAAAUCGAUCUUGUAGAAACUGAAACUACAAAUCUAAGCUACCAAUUGAUUAUUUUAGUGACAUAUUUAGAAGAGAGAGAGACUAUUGGCUGCUGGUUUUACUUACAGCUCUCAGACUUUCGCAGGAAUGGCUGCAUCUUUGAGGGUAGGGAAUGCAGAGGUUGCUGCCUCUCAAGUGGGCAAAUAUGGUGCCCAGGCUUGGCAGGCAUUCAAGGCAAGAUCAGCAACGGCUGGGAAGGAAGCAGCUCAUGGCAUCAGAGAAAGUCCUUCAAUAAUUAAGGAAGUAAAGGGAGCCCCUAGACAGUUGACCUCAAGUGUAGGAAAGACUGCCAGUAGGAAUUCCGCAGGUCGUAUUACAAUUUUUCACCGAGGAGGUGGAGCAAAGCGGUUGCAUCGAAGGAUUGAUCUAAAGCGAAGCACAGUAGCUAUGGGUGUUAUAGAAAGGAUAGAGUACGACCCUAAUCGUUCCUCGCGGAUUGCGCUAGUACGAUGGGAGGGUAGAGACCUGCAUAUGAAGAAAUCCAAACCAGUAGAACAGUUUGCCCCUCCAAAGAAGAUUCUCGAACCCAGCACAACCAACAUGUGUGGCCUGUUUCCACUCUCUACCCUAUCUCUGCAAGUAGAUCAGAGAAAGGUUGUCUACUCUCCUGGACAGAAUGCAGCUCAUGCAGUGGUUGGCCUUCAAACUGCAAUCCCUUCUGGGUUGAAGAGUCUAUCUACUAGUGAAAAUGCAGAAAGCAAAAAUACUUGUGCAAGGGAUGUCUUCUUAUCUGCUUUUUCGACUCCAAAGCCCAAGAGAGCGACCACAUCAUUCUCUCUUAGCGGUUCUCUUAAUUGUCCAAGAAUAGCAGUGGCUGGGGCAAAGCCAACCUUUUUUGCUCCACAAUCGAGGGAGAAAGGAGGAGGAAAAAGCACAUUUUCUCUUGGCGAGGUCCAAAAGUGGAACAAGCGUAGCAGUAUCUGGACAAAUAGAAUGAAAAGUAAAGCAGCGAUUUCUUGGCGAAGUUUUAAGUGGCAUGAUACAUUGGGGUUUGUUGGAGCUGCUGACAGUAAUGAAUCAAGGCCUGAAAAUGAUAAUGUCUCCAAACCAUCGAAGUAAAAGCAGUAGUUACUACCUUGCUUCAUUAAACAAAGGGCAGCUAGGCCAUACUGCAAGAGACAAGGAGUUGAUGCAGGAUUAAUAUGCUGCAAGACAGCACGUUGAAGCACUAAUAAUAAUUCCAUGCAACUUUAUUUACUUGAUUUUGUAGUAACUGGUUAGACAAUCUUAUGAGUUUUUGUAAGGAAUAUUUAUUUUUUCUUUAUCCGGCUUAGCUUGGAUGUUUAAGUGGACAGACAUGAAGAUUUUGAUGGUUAUGAUGUUGCCUUGUAUGCAAAAACAGGAAGAAGGCAUAUUGAUAACUUAACAGAAAUUUUCAGUUUACAACAA